AUGGAUCCACUCACCCAAUUAGCGUUCAAUCAGCAUGUCAUCCUGAAACUGCCGUCUGGAAAUUGGAAAAUUGUUGAAUUAAAACCCAAUGCAUCCAUUUCACUCGGUAAAUUCGGUGCAUUUAACGUCGAUGAUAUCAUAGGGUAUCCUCUUGGCACUACAUUCGAGAUUUAUUACGAAGAGGAAGCAGAAACGGAUAACCGUGAUAAAAAUAAGAUACCAGUGGGUAAAGUGAGAGUUAUGACAGAGUCUGAGAGCGUGCAUAAUGUGACCAGCAGUGCUAAUAACAUGAACCUUGUUAACAUUGGUAACCAAGUGCAGGGACUCACGAUGGAACAGAUAGAAGAAUUGAAGAAACAAAGUGUAUCAGGGGAACAAAUCAUCGCCAAGAUGAUUGAAGCACACGGUAGUUUUGAUAAAAAGACAGUGCAUUCACAACAGAAAUACUUGAACCGUAAGAAACAAAAAUUCGCUAAGCAUUUCACCGCUGAAUAUCUCAGCGGAUCGCGUAUGUUGCAAUUCUUACUAGAAAAAGGUGACACGCAGCGUGUGCUCGAUCUUUCUCAGGAAACCAUGGGUAUGUUGCUAAAUCUCGCCAAUAUUCGUUCCAACGGCACAUACCUCUGUGUAGACGAGACAGGCGGCCUGCUAGUCUACUUCCUACUUGAACGCAUGUUCGGCGGCGACAACGGCAGUACUGAGAAAGGGCGUAUCGUAGUAGUACACGAAAAUGAGCAUGCUAAUCUCGACCUGCUCAAGUUCUCCAACUAUUCAGACAAGUUCGUUCGCGAAUAUGUAAAAACGGUGUCGCUACUCGAUUUCUUCGAGCCACCCAGCUUGAGCGAAGUGGAAAGUGCUUUUACGCCGCUGCCGAAGGAAGAAGCCUAUGCGCUGAAAGCAGGCAAGAAGAACGCAUAUUAUCGUCGACUCAAGUGGUAUAAUAACCAGCUAGAGGCGAUCUCAUUAGCGACGCAGGUCCAGUACGAUGCACUCGUGUGUGCUAGUACACUAUACUUGCCCCAACUGGUACCGCGACUCGCUGAGCAUGUUCAUGGCUCUCGUCCAGUGGUUUGUUAUGCGCAAUUCAAGGAACCUUUAUUAGAGUUGGCACACUCGCUUUAUGAUGACCUGCGGUUUCUUGCACCUUCAAUCUUGGAGACGCGCUACAGACCUUACCAGACCGUGCGAGGAAAGUUGCAUCCUGUGAUGACUAUGCGUAGUGGUGGUGGCUAUUUGUUGUGGAGCCAUCGAGUGCUGCCCGCGGAGGAACCAGAAGCAACCGUCAGCUAG